UAUAAGCAGAUGACAGACAGGGCAGAUGCUUAUUUGUAAAAACUUGCAUUAACACAUGGUGCUGCAAACAUGGAUACAACCAGUGACAAACUUUUCUGCUGUAGAUGGGUGCGCAACAAGAUUCCCAUGGCCUACAGAGAUGAGCUCUACCACAUCCUCAGGAUGACAGGGCCUUUGCUUCUCUCCCGAAUUCUCCAUUACCUGCUUCCAUUUGUCGUUACAAUGUUCUGUGGGCGCCUGGGAAAUGAUGUGAUGGCAGGUUAUGGAUUAGCCUCUGCAACCAUUAAUAUUACCACAACAGCCACAGGAUGCGGUCUGGGUAUGGCAUGUGACACGUUGGUGUCCCAGACGUUUGGAGGUAAGAAUCUGCUACGAGUUGGAAUGAUCCUUCAGCGGGGCAUCAUCAUCCUGAUGUUGUUCUGUCUGCCCUGCUGGGGGCUGCUCAUUAACGCCGAAGCCAUCCUGCUAUGCAUGGGACAGGAACCCGAAGUGGCUAGAGUAGCCCAGCUGUAUAUCACAGCUUUUAUUCCUGCAGUACCAGCCAUGUUUCUUUAUAACCUUCAGGUGUCCUACCUGCAGAACCAGGGAAUAAUCUUGCCACAACUGUACACCGCUGCUUUGGCGAACAUUUUGAACCUUGUGACAAACUACGCCUUCCUUUACUGGAUGGAUCUGGGUGUUGUUGGUUCUGCAGCAGCCAACACUCUCUCUCAGAUUUACAUCUGUGCUUUUCUGUUUGCUUAUAUUUGGUGGAAAAAGCUAUAUGUAAAAACAUGGGGAGGCUGGUCUGUUGAAUCGCUGCAGGAGUGGGGAUCCUACAUGAAACUGGCCAUCCCCAGCCUGUUAAUGACUUGCUUCGAAUGGUGGGUGUAUGAGUUUGGGGGAUUCUUUGCAGGAAUGCUAAGUGAGGAUGAGCUGGCAGCCCAACAUGCUGUGAUAAUGAUUGCUUUCAUCACCUACAUGUUCCCUCUUGGAAUUCAAGCUGCAGCGUGUGCACGUGUAGGUAAUGCUCUGGGUGCAGGAGACACCGCCAGGGCACUCCUUGCCAGCAAGUUGUCACUCAGUCUUGCAGCUACCUUUGCUCUUGUCGAAGGUAUCGUGCUGGGCUGCACUAAAACAGUCAUUGGCUACAUCUUCACCUCUGAUGAGAAUAUUGCAAGAAUUGUGUCGAACUUGAUGAAUGCGUACUGCUUUCUCCAGCUCUUUGAUGGUCUUGUGUGUGUGUGCACAGGCAUCUUCUUGGGAACAGGCAAACAGAGGAUACCAGCUGUAGCAAAUUUCAUUGCCUACUACGGCAUAGGGCUUACAAUGAGUGUGGUUUUAAUGUUUGUUGCAAAGCUGAGAGUUUUAGGCUUUUGGCUCGGGCUGCUCAUUUGUGUUAUCCUGCAUUCUACCUUCUACAUUAUUGUAAUAUUCAGGCUGAACUGGAAGAAGAUGACAGAGGAGGCUGUCAAACGGGCCAAGAAAAAGACUCACCUGACACUGUUGGGUGCAGAUGUCGUGUUACAAAACGUGAACAGCACAGCUGAUGGUCAAAGACCAAACUUCGUAAAUUCAGUGGAUGGCUACACACCUGUAAAGACCCAGGAACAUGAUGGGAACAGUGAGAUACAAGUUGGACAAGAAUUGGAAAAGCAGAAGAGCGGACGCCUCUCCACCACCCAGUUAAUCAUCAGGCGAGGCCUCACCAUGUUUGCCGCGGUUGCCUUUCUGGCUGUGGGAGCAGCCGUGCACUUCCUCGUCCCCUUGCCAGAGACCCACUAUACAAAAAACAACUUUACUCUUUACUGGAUCAAUGCGACGUAUGCUCCUCAUACAGUUUUCUCCUCUGUGGAAUAACAAAGAAAACAUGAUCAAGGAACAUGUGGUCUUUCGUUGUCCGAUGAGCUAACCCCUCCCUCCUACUUCCCUAUGUCUAAAGGGAUUGCUCAAUCCAGCUCUCCAUCCCAACGGGU